GCCUGUGCCGCGCUUGCUCCGGGUUCCCUCCCCUCCUGCGGGCGCGGCUGACCCUGCUGCUUCCACAGACAUGGCUGAGGCCAAGCUCUUCAAAGCCGAGUACGCCAAGAGCGGCCGGGCCUCCUGCAAGAAAUGCGGCGAAAGCAUCGCCAAGGAGUGCCUGCGGCUGGCGAUCAUGGUGCAGUCGCCGAUGUUUGAUGGGAAGGUGCCCCACUGGCACCACUAUGCCUGUUUUUGGAAGCGAGCACGGGUUGUGUCACCCACAGAUGUAGAUGGGUUGUCAGACCUUCGGUGGGACGACCAAGAGAAGAUUAAAAAGGCCAUUGAAACUGGAGGAGCAGGAGGAGGAAAAGGUGGUGAGCCGGGAGAGGGAAAAGGGGAGAAGACCCUGAAUGACUUUGUAGUGGAAUACGCCAAGUCAAACAGGAGCGUGUGUAAAGGCUGCAGUAAAAAAAUAGAAAAGGAUACUGUCCGUGUCUCCAAGAAAAUGAUCAACCCUGAGAAGCCACAGCUGGGGAUGAUCGACCACUGGUACCACCCUGACUGCUUUGUGGCUAACAAAGCAGAACUUGGCUUUCUGCCCACCUACAGCGCCAGCCAACUGAAGGGCUUCAAUGCUUUGAGUGCAGAAGACAAGGGAGAACUGAAGAAGCAGCUUCCAGCUGUCAAGAGUGAAGGGAAAAGGAAAGGGGACGAGGUCGAUGGGGAAGCAACGGCCAAAAAGAAAAAGAAGAAGGAAGAGAAAAUGUCGAAGCUGGAGAAGGAGCUGAAGGAACAGAGCCAAUUAAUCUGGAGUAUUAAAGAUGAGUUGAAGAAGUGCUGCUCUACUAAUGACCUCAGAGAGCUUCUGAUCGCCAACAAGCAAGAGGUUGCCUCUGGAGAAUCAGCCAUCCUGGAUCAAGUGUCAGACGGGAUGUUGUUUGGUGCACUGCUGCCCUGUGAAGAAUGCAAAGGGCAGUUGGUGUUGAAAGGGGAUGCCUACUGCUGCACUGGUAACAUCACCGCCUGGACCAAGUGUUGUGUUAGCAUCCAAACACCCAACCGCAAGGACUGGGUCAUGCCGAAGGAAUUCCACGAGAUUCCCUACCUGAAGAAGUUCAAGUUCAAGAGGCAGGUCCGGAUUUUCCCACCCAUGCCCCCGGCUGCCAGCACUGAGAACUCUGCCUCUGCUGAUGCCGGUGUUGCCUCGACACCCGUAGGUUUACCUCUGGCGAACAUGAAGGUCCUCCCCCUGGGAAAACUCGCAAAGAAAAAGGAUGAAUUGAAGCGCCUGGUGGAGGAGUUUGGAGGGAAGAUCACAGGAACAGCCAGCAAGGCCAAGCUGUGCAUCAGCUCACAAAAGGAGUUGGACAAAAUGAACAAGAAGAUGGAAGAGGUGAAGGAAGCCAAUGUCAGGGUGGUUUCUGAGGACUUCCUCGAUGAUCUUCAGUCAGGGAAGGGCCUUCCAGAGUUGCUGUCAGUCCACAAGAUCUCUUCUUGGGGAGCUGAACUUGCCCCUGAGGUGGUGUCGGAGCCACCUGUCGCUGGGAAGUCCACUGGGAACAAGGUUGCGAAAAGCUCCAGUGGCAAAGUCAAGCAGGAGGAAGGCACCAGCAAAUCUGAAAAGAAGAUGAAGCUGACGGUUAAAGGAGGAGGUGCUGUGGAUCCUGACUCUGGGCUAGAGGACUCGGCUCAUGUCUUUGAGCAGGGCGGCAGAAUUCUGAGCGCCACAUUGGGUUUGGUCGAUAUCUCCCGUGGUUCAAACUCCUACUACAAGCUGCAACUGCUGGAGGACGACAACAAGAGGAGGUACUGGGUCUUCAGGUCCUGGGGCCGCGUGGGGACUACCAUCGGAGGCAACAAACUGGAGAAGAUGUCAUCCAAAGAGGAAGCUGUCGACCAUUUCCUGGGGCUUUAUGAGGAAAAGACAGGCAAUGCCUGGCAUUCCAAGAACUUCACCAAAUACCCCAACAGAUUCUACCCCCUGGAGAUCGACUAUGGCCAGGAUGAAGAAGCUGUGAAGAAGCUAACUGCAAAUUCCAGUACCAAAUCCAAGCUUGAUAAGGCUGUGCAGGACCUCAUCAAGACUAUCUUCGAUGUAGAGAGUAUGAAGAAAGCCAUGGUGGAGUUUGAGAUCGAUCUUCAGAAGAUGCCCCUGGGCAAACUGAGCAAGAGACAGAUCCAGAGUGCCUAUGCCAUUCUCAGUGAGGUUCAGCAGGUUGUCGCUGGCAAUGGGACGGAAUCUCAGAUACUGGACCUCUCCAAUCGCUUCUACACACUCAUACCACAUGACUUUGGAAUGAAGAAACCGCCACUCUUGAAUAAUGAAGAAUAUAUCCAGGCCAAAGUGCAGAUGUUGGACAGCCUACUGGACAUUGAGGUCGCCUACAGUCUCCUGAAAGGUGGCAAGGAAGAUGACGCCAAGAACCCCAUCGAUGUUAAUUACGAGAAGUUGCACACAGACAUUCAGGUUCUGGACAAGAAAACAGAUGAAGCCAAGUUAAUAAGAGACUAUGUUAAAAACACACACGCUGCUACGCACAACCAGUACGAUCUCGAAGUGAUGGAGAUAUUUAAGAUUAAGCGUGAAGGGGAAGAACAGCGUUUCGGGCCCUUCAGCGAGCUUCACAACCGCCAGCUACUCUGGCACGGGUCUCGCAUCACCAACUUUGCUGGCAUCUUGUCACAGGGUCUCCGCAUCGCGCCGCCAGAGGCUCCCGUGACCGGUUACAUGUUCGGUAAAGGCGUCUAUUUUGCUGACAUGGUCUCCAAAAGUGCAAAUUACUGCCACACGUCACAGGCCGAACCUGUGGGGCUCAUUCUGUUGGCUGAAGUGGCGUUGGGGAACAUGCAUGAGUUGAAACGAGCAAAUCAUAUUACAAAACUACCGAAAGGCAAGCACAGUGUGAAAGGCGUUGGGAAGACAGCUCCAGAUCCUGAUGCCACCAUCAAGAUGGAUGGAGUGGACGUUCCACUGGGGAAAGGCGUCCAAACACAAGUCACAGACUCCAGCUUGUUGUACAACGAGUACAUUGUCUAUGAUGUGGCCCAGGUGAACAUGAAGUACCUGCUGAAACUGAACUUCAAGUACAAAAGCUCGCUGUGGUGAACACUCCACCUCCCACUAAAUAAAUCCCACCAUUCGCAAAGUCAGGUUAUAGGAA